AUGCGGGACAGGAGACGCAAGACCAUAGAGAUAGACAGAGGACUCAUCUUUGCAUCUGUGCCGUAUGACCUUCUUGAUCCAAAUCAGUCAGGUUUCAAGACUAGUCAUUCAACUGAGACUGCUCUUCUCUGUAUCACGGAGGCGCUCCGCACUGCUAAAGCUAACUCUCUCUCCUCUGCUCUCAUCCUUCUAGACCUAUCGGCUGCCUUCGAUACUGUGAACCAUCAGAUCCUCCUCUCCACCCUCUCCGAGUUGGGCAUCUCCGGCGCGGCCCACGCUUGGAUUGCGUCCUACCUGACAGGUCGCUCCUACCAGGUGGCGAAUCGCAUCUCUGCAUGUCUGGCAGACAUAUCCGUGUGGAUGACGGAUCACCACCUCAAGCUGAACCUCGGCAAGACGGAACUGCUCUUCCUCCCGGGGAAGGACUGCCCGUUCCAUGAUCUCGCCAUCACGGUUGACAACUCCAUUGUGUCCUCCUCCCAGAGCGCUAAGAACCUUGGCGUGAUCCUGGACAACACCCUGUCGUUCUCAACUAACAUCAAGGCGGUGGCCCGUUCCUGUAGGUUCAUGCUCUACAACAUCCGCAGAGUACGACCCUGCCUCACACAGGAAGCGGCGCAGGUCCUAAUCCAGGCACUUGUCAUCUCCCGUCUGGAUUACUGCAACUCGCUGUUGGCUGGGCUCCCUGCCUGUGCCAUUAAACCCCUACAACUCAUCCAGAACGCCGCAGCCCGUCUGGUGUUCAACCUUCCCAAGUUCUCUCACGUCACCCCGCUCCUCCGCUCCCUCCACUGGCUUCCAGUUGAAGCUCGCAUCCGCUACAAGACCAUGGUGCUUGCCUACGGAGCUGUGAGGGGAACGGCACCUCAGUACCUCCAGGCUCUGAUCAGGCCCUACACCCAAACAAGGGCACUGCGUUCAUCCACCUCUGGCCUGCUCGCCUCCCUACCACUGAGGAAGUACAGUUCCCGCUCAGCCCAGUCAAAACUGUUCGCUGCUCUGGCCCCCCAAUGGUGGAACAAACUCCCUCACGACGCCAGGACAGCGGAGUCAAUCACCACCUUCCGGAGACACCUGAAACCCCACCUCUUUAAGGAAUACCUAGGAUAG